AUGGCCAGGACAUAUGCUGACGCUGUCGCGUCGCUCAACACGCUGCAAUCAAACUUUGCAAUUGUUGAUGCGAUUCGUAAGUCGGGUCGGAAGAUGAAUGAUCAAGCCAUUCCCGAGAUGGUCGAGUGGUGCAACAAGAUUGGGUACAAACCAUCAGACUUUGAUGCGCUCAAAGCUAUCCAUAUCGCCGGGACAAAGGGUAAAGGUUCGACCGCUGCAUUUGUCUCCUCGAUUUUAGCCCAAUUUGUCAAGAAUAAUGGGAAUAAGUCGCUGUCAAAAGUCGGGUUGUACACGUCGCCACAUUUGCGGUUUGUUAGGGAGAGGAUACAAAUCAAUGGAGAACCACUUUCGGAAGAGCAGUUUGCCAAGUACUUCUUCGAGGUCUGGGAUCGCCUCGAGCAAGCUGCAAAGGCCGACGGUCAAGAUCCAGCGGCGCCGGGAACCAAGCCGGUCUAUUUUCGAUAUUUGACGCUCAUGGCAUUUCACACAUACAUCAGUGAGAAUGUCGAUGCUGCAGUCAUCGAGUGUGGCAUUGGCGGCGCUUAUGAUAGCACAAAUGUGAUUGAGAAGCCUUUGGUUACAGGUAUCACGAGUCUCGGCAUCGAUCACGUAGCAAUGUUGGGAUCCACAAUCGGCGAGAUUGCCUGGCACAAAGCUGGCAUUAUGAAGACGGGUGCAAAAUGCUUGACGGUUAGCUCUCAACCAGAAGAUGCAAAAGCAGUCCUAGAGCAGGUGGCCAAAGAGAAGGGUACAACCGUCGAAUUUGUCGAUGUUGACCCCGAAAUUGCCAAUAAUCAAAUCAAGCUUGGCUUGCAAGCGGAAUUUCAGAAGACUAACGCCAGCCUUGCACAGGCCGUCGCCAAGCAGUGGCUCACUCAGCAAGGCUAUAGCACUGAUGCGGACGCCGGUUUCGAGGCAAAGGUCCGUCGCGGUUUAGAAACAGUGAGGUGGGCAGGACGCUGUGAAACACGUCAUGAGACUGGAAUCCAAUGGUGCAUAGACGGAGGCCACACUCUCGAGAGCAUUGAACUGGCAGGGAAAUGGUUUGCAUCUCAACUUACCACCACCAAAUCUUCCUCUACUCAACACGUCUCUCCUUCACAACCACGUUUUCUCAUCUUCAAUCAACAAACCCGCGACGCCAAUGCUCUCGCAACAGCCUUAUUCAAUACACUUUCUACAGCCCUCGGAAAUUCCCAGCCUUUUACACACGCCAUCUUCUGCACCAACACCACAUUCAAGGAGACGGGCUUUAGGCCCGAUCUGGUGUCCGUGAACACCAAUGCCUCUGAUGUCGAGGCACUGAAGGUCCAGAGCAAUCUAGCUGAAACAUGGCAGGGCAUUGAUCCACAGGCACAAGUUCAAAUAGUCCGGACAAUAGAGGAGGCGGUGGCCUCCGUCCGACAAUUUGCCCAGAGCCACGCCAAUGAAGAGAGACAUGGGCAUGAAGAUGUCACCGCUCUUGUGACUGGAAGUCUCCAUCUAGUCGGCGGUUUCCUCGAGGUCCUGGAGAGCGACCCGUCGUCUUCAGCAACAGCAUAA